GUGGUAGAGGUAGAGGUUGGGGCAGAGAAUUUAGGAGCAACGACUGUAGGAACUGAGGAGCGUUAGAAGUCCAGAUCGUGUUGAACUCUCGGUUUCUGACCUUGGAAACCUUAAACUACAAGUCCCAGGAUUCAUUGCAGCUAAGUAAAACACUCUUCCCGCAGGCCACGGCAAAGGGAGGGAAGUGCUAUAGGUCCCAGCAUGCCCCGGGGCAGGGCGUACAGAGGUUGGGAGGCUAUAAUGCUGAUGGUUACCAUGGAGUUGCGCUAAGUGCUUCCCGGUCUACGGGAAGGCAAAGACUGAAGGAGACAGAGCUGGCCGAAACUGGCAGCGCAGGGCCCCAUGCUUCUCCUACACCUCCCACAAUGGCUGAAAUAUGACUGACAACUGGGAUCAUGUGAAGACUUUGGCACAGGAGCCACCCCUCGACUUCUCCUUCAAAAACAUAAACUUCAUCCAAGACCUGAUAAGUGAGGAGCCCAGGAUUGGGCUCCGGCCAAUAAAGCGUUCCAAGCAGGGUAAGUCACUGACCCAGGCCAUUCGCAUCAACAACAACGUGCUCAAUGACCUCAACGACUUCAGUCAAACUAUGUCGCAGCUGUUGGAGCAUCCACAGAAUUUGGCUUGGAUUGACCUGUCCUUCAAUGACCUGCCCGGCAUCGAUCCCGUGCUGACCACCUUCUUCAACUUAAGUGUCCUUUAUCUCCAUGGCAACUGCAUCCAUCGCCUGACAGAAGUGGAUAAGCUGUCAACUCUUCCCAAGCUUCGGAGCUUGACACUCCAUGGGAACCCCGUAGAGGAGGAAAAGGGGUACAGGCAAUAUGUGCUAUCCAUCCUACCCCGAGUUACUACCUUCGACUUCAGUGGUGUCACCAAGCAAGACCGGAUCACAGCCACUAUCUGGAGACGAAUGAAUGUCAAGCCCAAAAAGGUCCGAGUCAAACUGGAUAAUUUUUGAUAACUCUCUAUCCAUGCUGAGGCCCCAAAGCCCCUAAGAUUCUGGUACCCUCUCCCUCAACACUUAGUUUAGCAAUAAAAGGAAAUGAGCUUUUCUAAGGGGCUUGAGUCCCUCAGCUAUGCAGUGAGGUGCCCUUCAAAAGAUGGGCUACCACGUAGAUAGCAAGUGGUAUAGCACCCAGCCCUACAAAUACUCAAGGAGCUAGAAUCUGGCCUGUAUUCUACUGCUAUCCUGAAACCUGAAACUUGAUUGACAGAUACCUAGAAGAGGGCAUCAUCUGAUGCAACAGGCCCCCCUUCCUCAUACUUUAUAUGUGAAAUUAUAUAGAACUACUCUUUGUGAUGGUAACCCUUUCCAAAGGCUGGAUGAAGAAUGUCAAGACC